AUGACGAAGAAGGAUGAGACAACAAUGCCUCAAACAUUGCCACCAAAACUAAAUGAUACAUGUAAGUUUACCAUCUCUUCUACUAUUGGUGAAGUAAAUAUCCCACAUUCUUUAUGUGAUUUAGGAUCUAGUAUAAAUUUCAUUCCACUAAGUAAGGUUAAAGAAUUGAAAUUGGGAGAAGUCAUACCGAGUAAUAUGACUCUCACUUUAGAUGAUUCAUUUAUUACACAUUCACUUGGUAUCUUACAAGACGUGUUAGUGCAUGUUGAUGGUUUAGUUUUUCAUGCAGAUUUUAUGGUUAUUGAUAUGAAAGGAGAUUCAGGAGUGUCAGUUAUUCUCGGACGCCCAUUUUUGGCAAUCGGGAAGGCUUUAAUAGAUGUGGAAACCGGUGAACUUGUCUUGAAGUUCAACAACGAAAAAGUGAUGUGUAAGGUGUAUGAAUGGACAUCAUAUAUGGAUGAUCUAAAUACAUGCUAA